CCAGCGAAGACAAAGCUUCACAAACAGAUAGCAGCUAUGUUCAAUAUAUUAAAGUCAGUGAGGACGACAUCCGUGCCGUUAUGAUAAAUGUUGACGAUGCACACUUUUUCAAUUCACAUCCUCGUGAUCCGCGGAACAAAAGCUUUGCUGCUUUAAUAGCGUUUGAAAUGGAGAAGGUACCACCAGAGGAUCGCUCCUUAGUUUACGUAAAAAUAAUUGACUUCAUUCGUAAAGUUAGAGGAGAACGCAGUAUAAAUUCAAGUUGUCCGUCGCCAGAAUACUGAAAAAAGUGCUGAAAUAUUAAAUUUUCGUCAAAAUUAUGUGAAAGUGACAUUCAGUUGAUUUCAAAUAUUAAAUAAUAAUACUGAAUUACUAAGUGUUUUUAUUUGAUUAUUACAAUAUGAUUAUUUAAAUGAGCACAUUUCUUAGGUAAAAAUAUACGAUAUUACCCCAUCACUAGCUGACAUCUAAAGUGGUCAUUGGCGCCGUAACAAGUGACAAAAUCGUAAGAAUUCAAUACUAACUUUAAACUCAUUUUUCACAUUUACUGACUAAAUUUAUUACACAAAUUUUAAUUUAUAAUGUAUUUUAACAUUAUUAAGAAUGUUUAAAACGCAAUUAACAGUCUCUAGGGCGUAUUGUUGAAAAAGCAGCAAAAUUUAGACAACUUUAGUUGCCAAUGGCGUCUUAGUUACGGGACCGUUUUGCAACUAUAGUUGUCAAUGGCGUUCAAAAGGUUAAAAGCUGGAUAUAUCCUAUUAAUAUCAACCUCAUGGAUAGUAUUUGCCAUGCUUGUUGGCAACUUGCAAAUGAAGCAGCACGGCAAGGUUCUGAGUCACCAGAGACUGCAUCCCAACCGUUGGAGACAGAUGACCCUCCUGACUCCUGACUCACAUGAACUACAGGAAGAUAAUCAUGAGGAGGCGUGCCAUCAUAGGAUAUUGUUGCAACUGUAUUGUGGGUUUGAGGACAGUAGGGUGUUGCUCACAUGUGAUGAGUAUCGUAUGGUAUUUAGCCUAUGCCCGCGACUGGAGCGAAUAAAAUCGAUAUCCAACUUCGCUAAAGAUAGACUGCUGAUGUUUCUAGAAUCUCAGACGGGUCCAUUCAAGUGCAGUACCCUUCAGCAACACUGA